CUUAAACAUAAAUAGUAAACAUUUAUGCUUUAUUCAUAUGUUUUUAAUUUUAAAAUAAAAUGUUAUUAUUGAAAGAAAUAUGGAGACUCUUCAGUUGAUAGACCUUAAACAAAUUUGCAGAGUUUGUCUACAAAGUGAAAUGCUAAUUUCCUUAUACAGUGGCAUUCCAUAUAGUCAAUUCUUGCGUCCCAUCGACAUGAUUAUGAAGCUAGAUCUUUUUAAGUUUGAAAUUGACGAUAAUAUGCCUUCCUCUAUAUGUCAGUCAUGUGUCUAUCGAUUAAUGGAUGCUUUUACUCUGAAACAACAAUGUGAAGCAACUGAAACCCAUUUGAAAGAAUAUUUGGGUUUAAGUGCGCAAAAUUCAGCUCAAUUCUCAUAUAUGGGCACCAAAAAUUAUAUUUCCUUUCCGGAAUUUCCUGAUACGCGUUUUGAAGAAGAAAACAACUUUCCCAAAAUAAACUAUCAAGCUGGUAAUCAAAUAACAAUUACUUCUACUUCUUCGAUUUCACCUCCAAUAUUUAACACACUUAAUUGUGAUAUUUUUGAAACAAAUAACUCUGAAGACAUAGAAGUAGCUGAUGAUGUUCUUAAUGAAGUUGAUGAAUCGUUUGUUGAUGUUGUUGGCGAAUCCCUUGUUUUUAAAAUUAAUGAUAUGAAAGACCAAAUUUAUUUUGAAUCUCCAACUAAAAAUCAGGAAAAUGAAAAUUUCAACGAUCCAAGUUCAGCAAAAGGAUCUUCAAAAGGCAAAUUAAGGAAAUCUGAUUUUAAAGACACGCCAAAGCCUUAUAAAUGUUCCGAAUGCCUUAAGAUAUUUAAAUCAAAUAUUUUGUUGGAUAUCCAUAUGAGAAUUCACAAAGACAUAAAACCAUAUACUUGUGAAGUCUGCAAUAAAUCUUUUCGGCAAAUUGGGAAUUUCAAUUUACAUCGACGUAUUCACAUAAAUGAUCGCCGAUUCCAAUGCGAAAUAUGUUCCCGAUUAUUCAGUACGUCAAGCAAUUUAAAAAGUCAUAUUCGGUCACAUUCUAAUCAUCGAAACUUUAAAUGCGCUACUUGCCAAAAAAGCUUCAAAGCUGAAAUAGAACUAAAACGUCAUUCGCAAACUCAUAAAGAUACGAAAAAUUUUUUUUGUAACAUAUGUAACAAAGGUUUUCUUAAUAAAUCUUAUCUAAAAUCACAUAUAAGUUCUGUGCACGAAAAUAAGAAGAAAUAUAGUUGUGCGGAAUGCAACAAGCGAUUUGCAUCUAGUUCAAAUUUAAUUGUGCAUCAGAGGAUACAUAGUGGUUUAAAACCUUUUAAAUGCAAAAUAUGUAACGCCAAAUUCAAUCAAUCACAAGCUCUAACCCGUCAUGAGAAACUUCAUGACAAUAGUGAAACUGGUAACUUGGAGACACAGGGAAUUUCAGCAGAAAUCGAAGAAAACAAUAUCGACAUUGAAAAAUCACAAUCGGAAGGUCAUCAUGACAUAGGAGUUCCUGAUUAUCAAAAAGAGAAUUUUAAAAUCAAUCUUCCAGAUUAUUUACCAAACGAGAUUACUACUCAUGAGCCAUCCAUUAUUUCGCCAUACAAGCAUAUUCAAUACAUAAACAAUAAUGAUAUUUUAAAUAGUUCCUCAACCAUAUUACCAUCAUAUUCAACAGGUUUUCCAGAAAUGCAAACAAAUGAUCUCAAUAGUAUUGUGAACACUUACCAUCAUCCUCAUUCGAUGCACAGGCCUCUUAUGACAGAACAAUUAUAUCAACCAAAUUAUGAUUUCCCCAAAGACAUUAAUUACAAAAAUUUACACCGCUCAUUCGAAUAAUAAUGAUUAAUAUUUUUUCCUAACUAUAAUUAAUAAGUAACAACCGGUCCUAAAAUAUUUGGUUAAGCCAGUAUUAAAAAUAAAUAUGUAUGUAUUUUUAUUUUUCUUUUUUUUGUUUC